AUGGCUGCUUACGCUUUGCUCAACGAUUCCACCCCCCGUGGUGUUAAUGGCGGUUUUGAUGAUAGUCCUUUGACUAGUGCUUCCACUAAUAGCAACGGUAGUGACGAACUUAAUCAUCAACAGAUUGUUCAGGUUCCUCAACCAAGAUUGCCGGUUGGAAAAAUGGUGAGGAAGAGAAUCGCCUCGGAGAUGGAGAUUGAAGGACUCGACAGCGGCGGCGGCGGCGGCGGCGGCGGUAGGAGGUACUACUGCUGUUCAUCCACGGUUUUGCCGCGGACUCUAGCCUCUGAUCGUCCUUUGGAGAAAAUAAGACGAAUGUGAAUUAUUGUUCUUCUUCAAACCCUAGCCAUGGCGGCAACCACUCCACUGUUGUGCAUUUUAACCGCUCUGACGUCAGUUGUAAUCGAAGGGUCAAAUUUAUCAAACCCUCCUUCUGGUUCUGAUGCCACGGUCUCUUCCACUACCUCCAACAACAAUCUUCUUGAUAGUACUCUUCCUGUUCUUCGUCCUCAACCCCACCAUCACCAUUUGCAGAAUCCUGCAGUCUGUGGUUUUUCUGGCUUGCCUUUGUUUCCACCGGAAUCAAAUCACCACCAUAAUAAGUUAAAUACUCGUAAUAACCCUUUUCCUCUUCCUAAUCCAUCUCAGGUUCUUCUUCAUAAUCCUCCUACUACUGCUACUACCUCCAUUAUCGCCGCCGCUUCUUCUCCUAUGGACGAUUCCUCCGCCACUGCUUGGAUCGACGGUAUCAUUAAGGACUUAAUCCAUAGCUCCACUGCCAUAUCCAUUCCUCAGCUCAUUCAGAACGUUCGUGAGAUUAUCUACCCGUGUAACCCAAAUCUUGCGAAUCUUCUUGAGUUUCGUCUUCGUACUUUGACGGACCCUAGUGUUCCUAACUUCGCUACUGAGGAUCAUCGAGUGAGAAAGUCCCCUUUGCCGUUGCCGGCGCCGGUUGCUGGACUGGGGUUGCAGCAGAGGCAGUUUAACCAAGAGCAGCAUGAACAAGAACAUGAUUGUUCUGGACUAAAGCUUAAUCUCGAUUCUACUUCUCUGCAUAAUCUUUCUAAUUUUCCCUCUCAGCCGCCGUUUCAUGAGCCGUACCUUCAAUGGGGGGCGACCCCUCCGCCUGUCCCCACUCCCUCCGCCGCUGCCGCCGGCGAGGAUGCCUUACAGCGCCUCCCUGGUCAUCAUCAACUUAAUCUAUCGUCCGUUACACCGUCGUCGCUUGUUUCUUUAAAUCAUGUCCCUUCUAAGCCACAAUCAGAACAGCAGAACUCUUGUACUAAGGCGGCGGCGGCUGCACAGCCAGCUCCAGCACCACCAUCGACGAGCAAUAACCCUUCAGCGACUGCUUUGCUGAUUAGAGAGAUAAAAGAGGAGAUGAGGCAGCAGAAGAGAGACGAGGAAGGGCUACAUCUCUUGACUUUGCUUCUUCAAUGCGCAGAAGCCGUUUCAGCUGAUAAUUUAGAAGAAGCCAACAAGAUGCUCUUGGAAAUCUCCGAGCUAUCGACACCGUUCGGCACAUCGGCCCAGAGGGUGGCGGCGUAUUUCUCUGAAGCAAUGUCGGCGAGGCUUGUGAGCUCUUGUUUGGGCAUAUAUGCAGCUCUGCCGCCGUCGUUGGUGCCCCAUACACACAGCCAGAAAAUAGCCUCGGCCUUCCAAAUCUUCAAUGGCAUAAGCCCAUUUGUCAAAUUCUCACAUUUCACAGCCAAUCAAGCCAUACAAGAAGCUUUUGAAAGAGAAGAGAGAGUUCACAUCAUAGAUCUAGACAUCAUGCAAGGACUUCAAUGGCCUGGCCUGUUCCACAUCUUGGCGUCUAGACCCGGUGGGCCGCCGUACGUCCGCCUUACAGGGCUGGGGACCUCUCAGGAAGUUCUUGAAGCCACUGGCAAACGCCUCACUGAAUUUGCUGAGAAGCUUGGCCUUCCGUUUGAUUUCUUUCCCGUGGCUGAUAAAAUUGGCAAUCUAGACUUGGAAAGGCUCAACGUGAGCAAGAGAGAAGCCGUUGCUGUUCAUUGGAUGCAGCAUUCUCUUUAUGAAGUUACUGGUUCCGAUUCCAAUACGCUAUGGCUUUUGCAAAGAUUGGCUCCGAAAGUUGUGACGGUGGUGGAACAAGAUCUGAGCCACACAGGCUCUUUCUUGGGGAGAUUCGUUGAAGCCAUUCAUUACUAUUCAGCACUGUUUGACUCAUUAGGUGUGAGCUAUGGCGAAGAGAGUGAAGAAAGACAUUUAGUGGAGCAGCAACUGUUAUCAAGGGAAAUCAGAAACGUGUUGGCUGUCGGAGGGCCGUCGAGGAGCGGCGAAGUGAAGUUCCAAAACUGGAGAGAAAAACUGCAGCAAUCUGGGUUUAAGGGGAUUUCCCUCGCCGGAAAUGCUGCAACUCAGGCCACUCUCCUCCUCGGAAUGUUCCCUUCCGAUGGGUAUACGCUUGUAGAAGACAAUGGUACUUUGAAACUUGGGUGGAAGGAUCUUUGUUUGCUCACGGCCUCAGCUUGGAAGCCGCCGUUUCAUCAUCAUGCGGCGGCGGCGGCGGCGGCGGUCACCAACAACCAUAUUCCCCGUUACUGAGGUUCUUUCUUUUUCCUUAUGAUUUUUUUUUAAUAAAAAUUCUAUAUAGUGUUGUUUUUUGAUUUUGAUAAUAUCAUCUUUGUGUUAUUAUCAUUUUUCCCUUUUUCUUUGAUGGCCUUCCCCACCAAUCAUAAUGUCAAAGCUUUUGAGCUUGAUAUUCUUCUUGUUAUGAUUAUAGCCUUUUUCUC